AUGGCGUUCCGACGAGGACACAUUCGUUACUUAAAGGUGAGUUUAUCAGGUUUAUGUGUUUUAAAGUACAAAUUAAGAGAGUUUAUAUAUUAUAGUAUUUACAUUUAGUCCAAUGAAGGCGGACGGGCUUCAAGUUUAUUUGCAUCUGAAGUAGGAAAAUCAAAAUAAACCUUUUUAGAAAUCAGUGAUGCUGCAUUAACAGAAAUACUUUUAUAACCCAAGUACUGAAGUAGUGAAGCCUCUUCUUAAAAACAUCAACAAUCUCUCCGUCUAUGUUAUUGACUCUUUUUUUUACACCUGUAAUUGUUUGUCGAAUCUGUUAGUAGAACUCAUAGUAAACAGAGAUGAUUAUUGAUUGAGCUCACCUGACAGGUCAGAGACAUUACUUGUAUCUUGUAUUGCUCAUGUCCACACUUGUGUGCCUUUCUCGUGUGUGUGAUAUUCUUUUGUGUGUGUGUUACAGGUGUGUGAGGUGCAGUCAUCUCAGAAUGAUGUCGGGCCACACGCCACCAAAGGAGGAGUUGGAAAGGUAACGCUUCUCUCCGAUUGGAUGAACAACCAUCACAUAUAUCAUGUGGCUCUGGUGUUGGAUUGUGGCAGUCGUGUCAGGUGUGUAGAUGAAUGAGGUCAUAAAGGUGAGCUUGUGUGUGUUUCAGGAGCCGUAUGAUAAUGGGUAUGGCGAGCAGAUGAUGGAGGAUGAAGAUGCCAGAACAAACCUGAUCGUGAACUACCUCCCUCAGAGCAUGAGCCAGGAUGAGCUGAGGAGUCUGUUCAGCAGCGUAGGCGAGGUCGAGUCAGCCAAGCUGAUCCGGGACAAGGUGGCAGGUAAACACACCACAGUAUUCAUGUUGUACCAACGUAGUACUAAUCCUUACUAAAUCAAGACUAAUGUAGUACUAAUGCAGUAACAAUUGCACAGAUGAAGGCUACUGAGUGCAUUCAUUACAACACUAACCUGCACCUCAUCACUACUUCAUGCUCUCAUGUACUACUGCAGUACGACCCAGCACCAUAAUACUGCAGGGUGUUCUGCAGUAUUAUGGUGAUUUAAGAUGAGACUGAAUCGUAAUUUUUUGUUGGACUCAAUCAUAUGAACCAAAACACUACCUAGAUCUGAGGGUGGACCACGAAGCGAGCUCAGUCAUACCCAGUCUUUCCUAAAGUAAGCUGGCCUGACUAAGUCUAACCCCCAGUUUCCACCACAUCCUGAACGUCAACGAAAAGGUCAUAUCCGCCGAUCGAAACCAUUCAAGUUAACGUGUCAAUUUCCACCGGGUUCUUUCCGUUCCUCUGCGGAUCGCACGAAUUCUGUUUUUCUGGACGCCGGAGCAUGCCGGAUAAAUUUAGCACAGAUUAACCCGUGCUGGAAAGGAAGUCAGGCACAGACACAGAAUUGCGCAAUUGAACGUGUAUCCACUGAUUCUUCUGAGCUCCCAUGAUUACUGUAUGUAAUCCGCCACGAAAUUCGCCUCACAAUUGGCAGACAGCAAAAAUCAACGCCGUUCCAGAUGCGGUGGAAAUUCGGGGUAAAGCUCCAGGUUAAGAUGUCAGGCUCUACAAAGCUGGUUAUAAACCCCCCUGUCAACCUGAGAUUUCUUCUUGGGCAAAUUCACAUUUAAGGGAGCAUUCAGUGCAUCACUGAAGUCAACAAACGCUAACGCAUUUCAUUGAUCUGCUGAAAUUAAGAGGGCAUCAAUUAAAUUAAUUAAUUAAUGAAUUAAACUCAUCGAAGUAGUCUGAAUGCAAAGACCGGUUUGUGUGAUAAGAUACCUACUAGGAGCUGAUCCGUAUUGUUUACUCAGGGCUGAUACCAAGUUUUAGAAGAGGAUGAGAAUGAUAAGUGAUAUCUGAAACUCUGCAAGCAUUGACAGUAAAAAUAUAAAUUCUGCUGCUUUCCAUCUUGACUGUAACUCUAAAUACAAUCAGGGUCUGUUACUGUGGUUACCGUUUCAUCCAGAUCAGAAGUGAAGUAGCUUUGUGACACAGACAACUCUGAGUUCAGGUUCAGACCGAGUUUACCGUCGGAUCUCACUGCGUGGUUCACCCCUCCACUCUUUCUGAGAUGACAUUUAAGUGAAUCAGUGCAGACACAGUCAAACUGUAGUAUUAUCUGUGUACUGUCAGAAAGUAACACUCUAGUUCUGAUGUUGUACUGUCGUACUAAUACUUUAUGUAAAAAUACACACAGUCCAUCUCACAUUACUUACUCUGUAGCUGUAGUACAUGAAACAGUAGUAACAUCACUGUUGUAGUUGUUCUGAUAAUAGCUGUAGUACUUUUUUUGUGCUGUGUACUGUCUUUUCUGCAGCUGUUUUUUUUAUUUCUUUAUUUUUUUUCCAUGAGCAGCUGAAUUAAAAAAAUAUUCUGUUUUUUUUUUUUCUUUUCUUUUUUUUUUUUUUAAAGAAUGUGAUUUUGACUGAAAACCUUUUUACCGUUUGUUGUUAUUUUUUAUUUUUCAUACCAGGUGUAAAGGCCACUGUUUCACAGGUAUCUGAUGGUCAUUUAUUCAACUGUACAGAGCAGAUAUCAGUAGGGAUGUAACAAUAUCAUCGGUGUCACAGUAUCAUGUGACCAAGUGUCCCCAUGACUUGAUACGUGUCCCUGUAUUAAGAUGUAAAAAAUUAAAAACAUAGCAGACAGCUGGGUUAGUGGUGAAAAAGAGAGAGACUGUUGAUGCUACAAAAAUGACGUGAAUACGUCGCAGUUUCACAGCGUCAAGAAAGUGGACAGGAUGAUCGAAAAACAAAGAUAAUAAUCCUUAAAACCUGGUCAUGUUCAGGACCCAGCUCUUCAUUUUAAAAACCUAAAAACCAAUCAGAUCUGAGCUUAUCAAUACUUCGGUUGAGUUUCAUAGGUUUCAAACCAUUAUAUCUUAUAUCAAGCAAUAAUUCAAUUAAGUUAGAAUCCACCUCAGGGGACACACACACACACACACACACACAAUUAUGUUCAUUAAUUUUUUUAUUGAAUAUUUGCUUUAAACAAUUUUCCAACUUAAAUCCAAAAUUGGUGACUUUAAAGUCAGGAUGUGAACUUCUUCCAUAAAAUUUUGUAAUAAAGUUGUAAUAGAAUUUUAACUUAAAUCUCAAAAUUCCGAGAACAGAUUCUGAACAUUGAGAUUUAAGUCAGAAUUCAGAUUUUUAUUUCAAAAUUUAGUUUCUUUUUCUUUUCUUAAUUCUGACCUUAAUCUCAGACAUUUUCUCAGAAUUCUCUGAAAAGAAAAUCAGGAUUCAAAAAUUAAAGUAAAAUUCCAGAUUUUAAUCUCAGAAUUCUGUUUUUUUUUUCUUUUUUUCAUUCUUAGAAAAAGUCAUAAUUCUUUGAAUGUCUUUUCUUGGGAUUUAGCUCUUUUUUUAAUGGGGUUAUCCUGAGUAAACGGUAAAUGGACUGUGUUUACAUUCACUCAGGGCGCGUUGGCGUCACAUUCACUCAUUCACACACUGAUGUCAGACGCUGCUCUGUAGAGAGUUCAUUAGUUCUGACUGAUUCACUCAGCACUGGAUGCAGUGAUAAAAUCGUAUCAUGGUCCAAAGGCGAUAUUAUUAUUAUCAUGUUGUGAUAUUUUGAUAUCAUUACAUCCCUAUAAUCACUUCUCUUUAUAUUUAAUAUGACUACUCUACAUUCUUCUUCCAGACAACAGAUCUUUAUGCUGUAAUUAUUUUACUGAAGCUACAAACUUUAAAUGUUGAUAUUUUUUUCUAUGACUGAGAUGAUCGUUUUGUUUUGAACAGUUCUUCAUGAUUCACUGAGACUCUGCUAAUGUUUUGUUUUCACCUGUAUUUUUUUUUCAGGAUUUUGAAAUGUUUGUGAAUUUUUAAUAACUGAUGUAUCAAAAAGUUCUUGUUCUGAACACAUCAGGAAAUCUGUCGACUCAACACAAUAAUGUAGUUUCCCCUCGAUGAACGCCUUUUUCAUCGCUGUGAAUUUAUAUACAGUUUAUACAUUAACAUUAUUUACAUCAGUGUAUUUAUUUGUUAAUGAGUAUAAAAGAGACUCUAACAUGAUGCACUGACCGUAACAUAAUGAGACCUUUUCUGACACUUAAUGAGAACAGUUUUGUAUUUUUGUUAAAGGGAUAUUCCGGCAUAAAAUUAAAUAAGGGUUAAUUAAUUAGUUAUAUCUAGUUAUACCAACUUUAGUAACGACCGCAGGAUAGCAAUACAGAGAGCCACGCCCUCAACCAAAACGCCACUCUAUAGCCACAGAUAAUGAUCAGAACAGCACCUAACUUCAUCAACAAGCAGCGAGAAGCAAGCGGUCGGCAACAUUCAUCUCUUGAGUGGGUGUCUAAAGGUCCUUUCACACCGGCCACGUUUUUUUCGUGCGAUUAUUUCGGACGUCAAUAUCUUUUUUCGAACCUGCAUCCUGUCAAUACAAGCGUACACAUCAGCGACGUGUUCCCGUCCUGCGAUAUUGCAGCAUUAAUUUUUUUCAGAUUCUGGUAGAUUUUUCUAAAAUUUCGCAUACUGUGUGUCCACUUCUGACCAAUCAGAUUGUUACGUUUUUCAGCAAUAAUUAAGUUUGGUUUCCUAAACCACAAGGAGUUUAUUUGUAAAACGACAUGCAAGCGAAAACACUCAGCAGUGUGCAAAUUCUGCUGUGCACAACUCACAGAAACAGCUGGUACGACUUCAAACUUUAACUGUCACCUCGAGAGGAAGCAUAAAGACAGGUAAGCUGACGGUUACCACACAGUAGUGUUGUUGUACUCGAGAUCGGUCUUGGUCUAGAGACCGGUCACCAGACUAUUUUUUGAGGGUCUUGGUGUCGUCUCGGAAUCGAAGGCAUUUUCACACGGCCUUGUCUUGGUCUCGGUUGGUGCAGUCUUGACUACAACACUCUAGAGUGGUGUUUUGGUUGAGGUUUGUUUAUGGCUCCUCAAUCCGCUGUGUAUCUCUAUCCUGCGGUCGUUACUAAAGUUGGUAUAACCAGAGAAGUAAGCGGUCGUCAACAUUCAUCUCUGGAGGGGGGGUCUAACUCGGUGUUAUGGUGGGUUUGACCCUAAAUUAAUUUUACGCUUGAAUAUCCCUUUAAAUUGAUCUCAGUUAUGCGGUAGAGCCGCAUAGACCACAGUGAGAAACAAUCCCAACAGGACUAUAAAAUGAGGUUUACUUUUAGAAUUAAACAAGAGUGGAUCUCUCACUGAUUAAAGUCAGUGUGCUUAAGGAGGAGGUCUGGAUUUCUGUUCAUUUCGAAGUCCAAGAAUAAAAAGAAAAUUAAAAAAAAAUUUAAAUAAAGGUCUCUCUCGUAUUUGAGUUUUAUAACUCGUUUCUACCUGGUCGUGGGGUCUCUUGGUUUGUUCAGAACAACAGUCUGUUUUCGAACACUGUGAAGAGCUCGCUGUGUUUCAUGUUGGUCAGUAUGUUGAUUUCCAGAAUGUGUGGCUUCUGUAACGGAGAGUUUGUUAUUUUAUUUUGUUGUUUUCCUUUGUGUUUCUCUAGGCCACAGUUUAGGUUACGGCUUUGUUAACUUUGUUAACCCUAGUGAUGCAGAGAGGGCUAUCAGUACCCUCAAUGGCCUGAGGCUACAGUCUAAAACUAUCAAGGUAAAGUGCAAAAGGUGCUCUUUGAUUUUACCUGUCUCAACUGAUAGAUGUGUUAUGUUCCCUGGACAGUAGAGGGCGCUCUCUCCUGCACACUGUCUGAUGGAUGAAGGUAUUUUCAAACCUCUGCUGUCAUGUUUCUUGUUUUUCUGACUCCCUAAAUUGCUCUCAGCCUGUUUUUUGAAGUCGACACUUGUUGACACUGAAUCUGUGAAUUUUCUUCAGUUCAGUGUGACGACGUGCCUAGCUUUUCUUUUCAUAAAUUUAUGCUUUUAUUUUGACAAGUGUGUAAUUUUCUGAGCCUGUUUUUUUAUUUAUUUUUCUGUUUGUUUCUUUUUCUUUUAGUUUUUUUUUUUUUUUUGACAAAUAUGGAAACUUUUUUUGAAUAUUUAAAGAUUUUUAAAUCUCUGGAUUUUAUUUAAAAGACUUGAUGUAAAUGCACUUGUAUUCUGUUCGGUGUUUUUAUGCUUUUAUUUUGGAACCGUCUGGUUAAGGCGACAGAGUGAGCACUUCCUGUUUCCUCCCCGUAGGUUUCGUUCGCACGGCCGAGUUCGGACAUGAUCAAAGAUGCUAACUUGUACAUCAGCGGGCUGCCGAGGAAUCUGAGCCAGACGGACCUGGAGGACAUGUUUGCUCGCUUUGGGCGCAUUAUCAACUCCAGAGUGCUGGUUGACCAGGCUUCAGGUACUGCACAUGCUCAGUAACCAUGCACUCAUCUGAGCACUUACAUCCCUCUUGUUAGGUUACUCACGGGUAAUGUCAUUGGCUGUUCAGGUCUAUCCAGGGGCGUGGCUUUUAUCCGCUUUGAUAAGAGGUCCGAAGCCGAAGACGCUGUCAAACACCUAAACGGCCACACCCCUCCUGGAAACUCGGAGCCAAUCACAGUCAAGUUUGCUGCCAACCCCAAUCAGGCCAGAAACUCCCAGAUGAUGUCACAGAUGUACCAUGGCCAAUCACGGCGCUACGGAGGACCCGUCCAUCACCAGGCCCAGAGGUUCAGGUAGGUUUAACCAGUGAGCUGAGGCGGGCCACACAGUUGGAGAGAUGCUGCAAUCUGAUUGGCUGUUAACCACAUGUGUUUGUCCAGGUUUUCUCCGAUGAGUGUGGAUCACAUGAGUGGAGGGGGCGGAGUCUCAGGAAACAAUUCCACUGGUUGGUGCAUCUUCAUCUAUAACCUGGGCCAGGACGCCGACGAGGCCAUCCUGUGGCAGAUGUUCGGGCCAUUCGGCGCCGUCAUCAACGUGAAAGUGAUCCGAGAUUUCAACACCAACAAGUGUAAAGGGUUUGGCUUUGUAACCAUGACGAACUACGAGGAGGCGGCCAUGGCGAUCCACAGUCUGAAUGGAUACCGACUUGGAGACAAAGUUCUGCAGGUGUCCUUCAAGACCAGCAAGGGACACAAGUAG